GACACUGAGAGUCAGCAGCAGCAGCAGCAGAAGCUCCACAUCACACACAGCAUCUGAAUGAAGCAGCAUGGCGCUGCCGCCAGCCCAGCACUGAAAGCUGCUCUCACGGCCACGCUGGCUCUCACUCUCUCAGCCUCGCCACCAUCUUUAACUCCCGGCUAAUUCGCGGAUUGCGGUCCGAUGGAAGCCGCUGUGAUGAACCUCCAGAUGAUGGCGGACGUCAACGGCAACAGCAGUAAGGUUAUGGACGCCGAGCUGGAGGUGAAAAAGCUCCAGGAGCUCGUGAGGAAGCUGGAGCGGCAGAACGAGCAGCUGAGGACGAGGGCAAACACGGCCAACAGCUGCCCCUCAGCCGCUCACCUGUGCUCCUCCAGCUCGAGCUGCUCUGGACAUCUCACAGCUGCACAGAUAGCGAUAUUACACACGGGGAAUUACUGCGCGGCCCCUCCGCCCGCCACCGCUCCGUUUGUGUCCCACAACACCGAGGAGAUCUACCCGUAUUUCCAUCCUCAGAGAGAGGCGGAGAACAACGGCUGCGACCAGACAGCGCUAGACGAGGCUGAGAUCCUGGACAUUUCUGCUCUUCUUCCCAACCCUGGAGAGGCUGAGGACACCUGGUUGUAUGUGUCUCCUAAAGCAAAGAUGUUCGCUCAGUCCCCCCUCAGCCCUCAGCAGUGGUGUAGGCACGUGCUUGAUAACCCCAGCCCUGAGGUGGAGUUAGCAAAGCGUUCGUUAUGCUACCGACUUGAGCAAGCCAAAAGAUGGAGAGGGGUCCUCUCAGGAUAUGCUUCAUCCUCCCUUACUUACAGCCCUGUUGUAGAUGGACUCCACUCAUUAAGUGCUUGUGUUAAACCUCUUACUAAACCCACGCUAACUGAACAAACAGUGCCAUCCUCUCCAUCCAGCCACUGCUUGCUGCAGCAGCCUCUUACUGGGAGGAAUAGCGGUGGACUGGCCGAGAGGUCUCCUUCAUUCCUCUAUCACACGGCUACUUACAAUUACGGUCGUCCACAUGCAACCGUCAGCCCACAGUCUUCCACAGAAAACGAUUUCAGCACCUCAGAGCUGGAGGAUGACUCAAUCUCUAUGGACUACAAACUUCAGGACAUGACAGAUGUGCAGGUCAUGGCCCGACUACAAGAAGAGAGUCUGCGUCAGGAGUAUGCCACUACCUCUGCCACAGUCGCUCGGCGCAGCUCCAGCUUCUCUGUGCACUCAGGUUUGCGUCGACCGGGGAGGAGUGUCAUGGACCUGGAGGAAGAGGAAGAGUAUGACGAUCUGCCACCUCCCCAGCCUCGGCUCUUCCGUACGGGGUCCAUGCAGCGCAGCCUGUCCCACUCACACAACCUCUCCAGCCCAAGAGAAACUCGCCGCAGCCCGUCUAGCCCACAGUACCUCAGCAGCCUGUCCUACCAGCAACAGUUCAGCACCCCCAGCCCCAGCUCCAGCACAACCAGCUACACAGCCAACGAAGCACACAGUUACCGCACCAGCACAGAUAAAUUGCGAAGAAGUAUGCCAAACCUGAUACGGGCUCCCAGCAUGCUGUCGGUGCCCAGUGUCCCAAGUGUCCCAAGUGUUGUUUCUCCUGCCAGUCCUGCCCCAGCUUUCCCGUCUUUCCCAUCUUCAUCAUCCUCACUGCGCAACAGUCAGAGCUUUGAUUCUUCAAGUGGGCUUGCCAGGCUUCAAACUGCAAUUCCCUCCCCAGGUCAGCUGCAGCAACGAGUGCAGAGUAUAGGCAACUUCUCUACAGCAACGCGGCAACCACUGAAGGCCACAGCGUAUGUCAGUCCAACAAUACAGGGUCCCACCACAAUGCCUUCAUCAGUUAGCUUAAACUCUCUCUCCAGUAGUGGCAUUCCUCUUCCCAGUAAACCCAGCACCUCGUCCUCUACCAGUCGCAGUGCUCUACCUCGCCCAGCCUCCUUUAUUGGGACCACUGGGACCGCACGCAGCAAAAUUGCUCAACCAGUGCGCAGCUUGCUGACACCCCCAAAGAGCGUGGCUGCUUUGAGUGCCCUGCGUGAUUCAAGCUGGAAAGAUGGAUGCUAUUGACGCUGGAUAACUACUGCCGUCCACAAACGUCCAACAGUGUUUAAAGCCCAGCUGGCUGGGCGGAGCUGUUGUUCACAAACUGAAACAGAAAAAAGAAGGACUUUCGUGAUAAUCGAUGGUGUAACAAGGUUAGCAGUGUUAAUUAAUUGCAUUGAUGCAAUAUGAAUAAAUAACUGCAAUAUGCCCUUUGGCCAAACAUUUUAAUUAGAGCAUUAUGCAUACAAAUGUUUACAUAUGAAUGACACCCUGCUCAUUGAAUUUUACUUUUUGUUACAAGAACCAGAAGCAUCAAGUGAGAUUAUUAAUUAGAUAUGGCAAAUAUUGGUUAUUUUAGUGCCUAAUGUCAAGUGUUUUUAAUGCCAUAAGUAAUGUACUGUCUCAAGAACUGCGCUUUUACUGUCCCGUUUGUUAAGAAAGAACAUACAGAUUAGUGCCAGUUAAGUUUAUUUUCGCAAAGCACAUCAAGUACUACUGAACCUUUCAUUCCUAAACGUUUCUAAAGAAGCACUUUUUGAUAAGUAUGAUGGAGACAAGAUAAUCGUCGCAAUAAACUGUAACUGUGAAUACAAAGAUAUGACAUUUCAAUAACUAUCCAAUUACUGUUAUUAAUGGACAGCUUGUUUUUUGACACUAUUACGCAUACUUUACAGCUCCAGUCAUAAUUUUGUUUUCUUAGUAACUUCUCAUUUAUUCUACAGUAUUAAAGAGUUCAAAUGCCUCUUAAUGCAAAGUGUGACAUGCAGAAUUGUAUGUUUACAAGCUGCUCAUGUGAAGGAGCAUUGCUGAAGAAUUGCACAUUUAGAAUUUUUUUUGUUAAAACAUGAAGGGAAUGCAAGUGAGUGUAUUUUAACAUUAAAAUAAAGACUUUUCAACUGACCAUGA